ACAAACUCAACACAGCUGCUUACCUCAGAAAUGUCGGAACAUCUCAAGACACGACCGCUCUUCAUUUAUGGGACAUUGCGCGCCCUCCCCUUACUCGCGUGGGCUCUGACAGGAGAUGCCUCAAACACCGCAGCCGUGGCAAGUCUUGCACGCCCAGGCAAGGUCUAUGGCUACGCACGAUUCUUGGUGCGAGGGUGUGAUUACCCAGGGGUUAUCCAAGGCGACAGGUGCUCAUCAGUCGAUGGACUUCUACUCACAUUCGAGACGUCAUCUCAGCGGAAAAAGCUGGAUGAUUUCGAAGGAGAAACAUACAGAGUAGCACCUGUUUCCGUUACUCUUGACACUGGAGAGACGGUCGAGGCAGACAUGUACGUCUGGGCUGGAGAAAGGGGUCAACUUUCUACGGAACCCUGGGAGUUGGCAUCAUUUGUCAACGAGAGGCUCCAAGACUGGCUGGACCUUUUUGAGGGAAUGGUGUUGGUUGGUGAAGACUGAGGGAUCGGUUGAUAGCAGGAAGCUUUGGAGGCUUUUAGCUCCACUGCUGUUGCCGACACACGAUUCUCGCAGCACCAGCGACCGCGCAUACAUAUGCAGCCAAGCGCUAG